AUGGGUCCCAUGAAGAAGCGUAAGCUGAACACCAAGGUGGAAGAGAUCAAUUUCGACAAUGACGCUCGCCACGAAUUCCUUACUGGAUUCCACAAGCGCAAGGUGCAGCGCACAAAGAACGCGCAAGCAGCAGCCGAAAAACGAAUGCGUGAAGAGCGACGGCGUGAGCGUGCGAAGAUUCGCGAGGAGCGAGCGAACGAAUUCAAGAGAGCCAUGGAGGAGCACAAACUUCAGCUGAAGCGCCUCAAGGAAGAGAAUGACAGCGAUAGCAGUGACUCCGACCCCGACGAAGAUAACGAGGAGUGGGAGGGCAUCGAGGAACCGCCGGCUGUGGACUACGAAGCCGAGUACAUCGACGAGGACAAAUACACUACAGUAACCGUUGAAGAAAUGGAUGCCACCCGGGAUGGCCUACGCAAAUCAAUACAAGGUGAGGACUCAGACGAGGGAGAAGAGAAAUCAGAGCAACCUACCACAAAAGAGGAGCCGCCCAAGCCUGCGAAGAAGGCCCGCAAACCCGCAUCGGACAAGCCCAAGAAAAAGAAGAAGCAAUUCCGGUACGAAAGCAAAACUGAACGGAAGCUUACCCAAGCGAAGCAACGCUUGUCGAAGUCGAAGAAAGCCAAGGCGCGCAGAGAGCAAUAG